AUGUACGAAGGGAUUGACAAUCUGAAAUAUCUUUACGACCGUGACGGGAAGACUUUCUCCGGCGGUCCUUCUGCGGCACAGGAUGUGCCGCGUCGUACUGCUCAACCAGACCCAGUACGUCGAUCAUCAGUUGGGAGCGGGGCUCCCAAGAAUCCCAGGACGGGGGAUAGCCGCGCCACCGGACGAGAAAACUCGUCCGACGUCCGUUCACGUCGCCGUGGUUCAACAUUUGCUCAACUAGAUAGCGCUGUCCACCGCAAGAGUCCUCUAGUGGAGGUGGAGGAGGAGGAGGAAAGAAGCUCUACACACGAUCAUGGGGAUCGGUGUGUUCCCGAGAGCUUCUUUGAUCGCGUAACGCAAGGGUUACGCGAGGAUCUCGAACAUGAGCGGAAUAGACGUCUCCAAAUGGCGGAAACUGCCUCGAAGCAUCGAGCUGAGUUUGCCUUUGCUCAGCUUGAGAACGAGAGAUCUCUGACAUCUCUUCGUGACGAGCCAAGGGGUAGCUCGUGGGAUUGUUGA